AGUUGUCUUUUAAUUAAUAUUUUACACAUUUUUCUAAUACGUACAUAUACAUUUUUCAUGCUAGUAUCUCCAUCUAUUAAAAUAUUUAGAUACUCCCAAUACAAAAAUUCUAAUACUUGAUUUACGUGACAUAUAAUUACUGAUUUCCUAUAUCUUAUUUUCCUUAUAAACCGUAAAAAAACUAUCAAACAUAAUUUCUUUUGAGAAUGAAGAGAGUAAUAAUAUUUGAAGUUUUGAACCAAAAAAAAAAGGUUCAAAAAGCCAAAAAGUGACACUUGAAAAAAAAAAAUAGAGUAAUACAAGUUCUACCUCCGGUUCAAUUUACUCGUAAUAAAGGAGUAUUAUGUGAGACAUAAAAUAUUCCUUUGUUGCGAGUAAAUUGAACCAUAGUAUUUAUUAUACCACUAUAAAGGGAGGACUUUCCGUGUUUGACGAUUGCUAAAAAAUAUUUAUUACUAGUAGAAUUUAGACCAAAUACACUCUCAACUCUCAACUCUUCUUCCCAUUCUAUCCCCUGUUUAUCACACGGCCAUCGCAACCUCCGCCGCCUGAACAACCACCAUGCACGGCCGCUGAGCAACCCGUGCAAAUGUGCAAUUACAAAAUUGUGAAUCCGAUUGUAAUUAAACCACCAUUAAAACCAAAGAUUGAAUUCUGAUAAAUUAAUGGAGAGUAGUCUAAGGAGUUGUGGGCUGUGGCAAAGCGUGGGAAUUAAAAGAGUUGUUAAUGAAAGGAGAGCAAGAACACUGGAAGAGUUUGAUUUCCAAGAGGAAACCAAUGUUCAGUCUGAGAAUGAGAAUCAACCAAGAAUUAGCUGUAAUGUUGAACGCUUUGGUAAGAUAUGUCAGUCCUUCGAUGACAGGAGAAAGAGGUGGGUGAGGGAAAUGGGGUUUGAAGGGCUGCUAUAUCUAGUAGACAAGGAUCUUUCAAAGGAUCUUUGCUAUUGGUUGAUGACUCAAAUUAAUCCAAUAAAAGAGCUUUUCAGAGCUUCUGAUGGACGUAAAUACAGACUAUCCAAGGAUCAAGUUAGUUGGAUCCUUGGCAUCCCAAAAGGCGAUAAGGUUGUUCCUAGGAGGGUGAGGGAUGAGGAGAUGAAACGCAAAGUCAGAGACAUUCAGAAGAAUUUUGGGAAAGAAUACGAGGCAAGGUUGAAAACAAGUGAGAAAGUCAUAAAACAUAACAGAAUACCUGUAACCAGUGCCUUGAUUGAAAGAGCAAAGGGGAGUUGGGGAGAAGAGCAGGAAGCAGAGUUCAAGACUGUUUUCUUAAUCCUCGCAUUGCACUUGGUGCUUUGUCCAACACAAGCUCAUCAAUUAGAAUCAGAUUUGGUUCCUGCAUUGACUUGUGCAGUGCAAGCGAAGAACUAUGAUUGGUGUGGGUUGGUGUUGGAGAAGUUUUUUGACAGUUGCUGCAGAUUUAGAAAGAAGCAUGGAUAUGGUAAAGGAUUUGGAGGAUGUAGUAUUUUCCUAGCUAUUUUUUACCUUGAUCGAUUGGAUCGUAAUCCAGUAAUGUGGAGCAUAUGGCCGAGAAUAAAAGUGUGGACAAAAACAGAGAUGAUGAAAGCUAUGGAUGAGGAUAUGCUGGCUGAGCAGGGAGAUUUUGGAAAAUUAGGGUUCAUAGAUGUUGAUUAUGGUAAGAAACACCCUCGGGAGGUUAAGGAUAUGGAUGGAAAAUCAUUUGUUGAAGAGGGGUUAAACCAAGAUUUUGAAUCCCUACAGUCAAAGGAAGAGGAAGCAAUUUUAGGACGUAGUAAUAACUUAUACAAAAGAAAAAAGCGUAAAAGGAGGAGGAUAUCAACUAUGUAUCCUGAACUGCUCAUGUCCAAAAAGGCUAAAAGAAAAAGGCUCCAGGGUGGUGUGCCAAGUGCAUUGGCACUGGCUUGCAGAAGGUGUGCAGAAGGUGGAUGCCCUUCUGAGGGGGAAGGGCGAAAUGAGGAUGGCGGGAAUGGAGAUGAUGGAUACAUAUCAUUGGCAGAGGAGGUUCCUACCCCAGUGGCUACUGAUUUUGCAGUGGUGACAGAGCCAGUGGGUGAAGGAGGAGAUAAAAUGCCGUCUCCUUUAAAUGAAUUGACUGUCACAACAUCUCAUGGUUCAGAGCAUAAUAGCAUGGAGGCUUCUCCGUGUUUAACACCAUCAUGCAAUACUCUAAUGGCUUAUGGGUGUUCAGAGCAUAACGGCAUGGAGGCUCCUCCGUGUUUAACACUGUCAUGCAACACUCUGAUGGUUUCUGCUUUUGUCCAAAGUGUCAGUGAGAUGCAUGCUAAAUCCACCAAUUCUAACUAUAAGAUAAUCCCUCCUCGGAGCAAUAGCCUUGCUGAUCAUUCUCUGUGCUCUCCAUCUCGGAGUAAAAUAAGAGAAAAGAGCAAACUGCCCCAGAUUUUGAAUGGGAGUGUGGAGGAAAACGGCGAGGGGGUUCUUCCUUGUUUACUCUCAUCAUGCUGCAAUAUUAUGGAGGAUUCAAGUUUUGUAGACAGUGUUGAGAAGUUGUACAUUGAAGAUAUCCCGUCAUCUGAGAACAACAAUUGUCUCAACAAAAGCCUUGUUGACAUUAAUGAGAUCAUACGAUAUUCAAGUGUAGGGAUUGCUUUUGAGAAGGCUAUUAGGGUGGUGGAUUUGCAAAUGGAACAAGUGAAAAAAUGCAGGGAGAAAUGUGUUAAAAUGAGCCGUAACAGAACUGUGGAUAGUGCUGCAGAGAUGCAUAUGGAAAUCGUCCCAUAUUGUGACACAAACACUAACCUUGAAAUAAGCCGUGAUGAUGUUAAUGAGAGUAUACCAUCUCAGGCAACAAAUACACUAAUUGCUGACAUUGAUCAAUGUGAGAUGAUUCAUGAAGACAUUAGUUGUAUAAACGCAGGCAAGAGCAGUAAGCAUUCAGAAGGUGCUCAACCUCGAGGUGAAACAGAAAUGGAUGCUGCUAAUGAUCAAGGAAAGGCAGCCAAUGUAAAUGAAAAGUUGGUGAAUGGUUCUUGUGAUGGUCCUGUGAUUGUUAUUGCUGAUGAGGACAGUGACGGUGAAAAGGAAAACCACGAUUUUGACCCUUUCAAAGUGGUAGGAUCGCAGCUUGAAGAUCGGAUCAGUAAGCUUGAAAAGGUUGUUGCCCGGAAGCUAGCAUCUAAUAAGUUAGCCUUCAAAACUGAAGGUAAAAAGCUAUGACUUUCGGAUGUUGCAUGUUCAGCCGUUCAGAUACUAGUCCUUUAACUGUAGUACGUAGCUGCUAAUCUUAGCAGAAGUAAUCUGUUGAUAUUUUGUUAGAUUUUGCUAACUGAUAUCUGUAUGCUGAUUUGUAUCAUCAUCUAUUCCAGCAUAUCUAAUCUGGAAUUUAUUUUUGCUGAAA